AUGGGGAGCUCCGCCUCCUCGCUGGCCGCCGAGACGGAGUCGGACCACGGCUUCCCCCGGGGACCGCCCUGCCCGGGGCCCCCGGCAGCGGCCGGCUGGGGUAGGAGCGGCCCCGGGGGGCCCGCGUGGGGCGACAGCCUGGGCACCCGGCAGCACCCGCCCCCGCGGCCCCGGGCCCGAAGCCACACGCACUCGCCCGGGCCCAUGGCCGCGGUCGGGGAGUGGGCCUGCGCACGCUGCACCUUCCUGAACCCGGCUGGCCAGCGCCAGUGCUCCAUCUGCGAGGCCCCGCGGCACAAGCCCGACCUGGACCAGAUCCUGCGACUCAGCGUGGAGGAGCAGAAGUGGCCGUGUGCCCGCUGCACAUUCCGCAACCUUCUGGGCAGGGGGGCCUGCGAGGUGUGUGGCUUCGCCCCUGAGCCUGGCCCAGGGGCCUCCCCGCUGCCCAUCAUCAACGGGGCGCCCCCAGAGCCCCCGGGCAGCUGCCGGGACGAGGCGGGGCCCCUGCAGACAGCGGGGCCGGUGGCCGUGGAGCCAGCGGGCGGCCGGCCAGCGGAAGCGGAGGGGCAGGAGGGGGGCGCGGCCGUGCCUGGGAGCGGCUGGGCCUGCCAGCGCUGCACGCUGCAUAACACUCCCGUGGCCAGCUCCUGCUCGGCCUGCGGGGGGCCCCGGAAACUCUCGCUGCCCAGGAUCCCUCCCGAGGCACUUGUGGUCCCGGAAGUUGUGGCUCCUGCAGGCUUCCCCGGCGUGCCGGCCCCUGCCCAGCCUGGGGAAGGUGCCGAGGCCAACCCUCCUUCUGCCGUGGACCAGGAGCCCCCCCGGGGGCCACCCUUCAGCCCGUUCUCGCCCACCCUCCAGAACAACCCUGUGCCUCGCAGCCGCCGCGAGGUGCCCCCCCAGCUGCAGCCACCGGUGCCUGAGGCCGCCCAGCCCUCGCCCUCUGCCGGCUCCAAGGGGCCCCCCCAGGGUCUAGGGCGGCCCGCAGCCGGGGCCUCCCGCCUGUCAGAGCUGCUGUCAGGCAAGCGACUGAGCUUCCUGGAGGAGGAGGCGGCUGAGGGGGGCCCUACGCUGCGCCUCCCGGGGCCCGCCAGCCCUGCGCACUGCGAGGCCGGCAGCACGACGCCGGGCAGCGACAUCAUUGACCUGGGUGGCGACAGUGUGCGUUACACGCCGGCCAGCCCCUCCAGCCCUGACUUCACCACCUGGUCGUGCGCCAGGUGCACGCUCAGGAACCCCACGGCGAACCCCCGGUGCACGAUGUGCGGCUGCUCCAAGCUUCACGGCUUCCAGGAGCACGGCGACGCCCCCUCCCACUGCCCCGACUGCAGUGCAGACAGGCCCGGGCCCUGCCCAGCCCACAAGGCCGGCCGCCCCCUCCCCGUGGCGCCGUCUGAGCGCCCAGGCCAGUGGGCCUGCCCUGCCUGCACCCUCCUCAAUGCGCCUCGGGCCAAGCACUGUGCCACCUGCCACACCCCCCAGCUCCUGGCGGCCCAGCGCCGGGGCGUGGCGCCGCUGCGGCGCAGGGAGAGCGUGCUUGUGGAAAAGCGGCGGCAGACGGAUGAGGGCGAGGCCAAGGCCCUUUGGGAGGACAUCGUGGCCUUCUGCCGGGAGAACAGUGUGAACUUUGUGGACGACAGCUUCCCCCCCGGGCCCGCGUCUGUGGGCUUCCCCGCGGGUGACAGCGUCCAGCAGCGCGUGCGACAGUGGUUGCGGCCGCACGAGAUCAACUGCUCCGUCUUCAGGGACCAUGGCACCUCCUGGUCCGUGUUCCACACACUCCGGCCUUCUGACAUCCUGCAGGGUCUCCUGGGGAACUGCUGGUUCUUGAGCGCGCUGGCAGUGCUUGCUGAGCGGCCAGACCUGGUUGAGCGGGUGAUGGUCACACGCAGCCUGUGUGCAGAGGGUGCCUACCAGGUGAGGCUGUGCAAGGACGGCACGUGGACGACAGUGCUGGUGGACGACAUGCUGCCCUGCGACGAGGCCGGCUUCCUGCUCUUCUCCCAGGCUCAGCGCAAGCAGCUGUGGGUGGCCCUCAUCGAGAAGGCGCUGGCCAAGCUGCACGGCUCCUACUUUGCGCUCCAGGCUGGGCGCGCCAUAGAGGGCCUGGCCACACUCACCGGUGCCCCCUGUGAGAGCCUAGCCUUGCAGGUCAGCUCCACGAACCCCCGUGAGGAACCGGUGGACACUGAUCUCAUCUGGGCCAAAAUGCUGAGUUCUAAAGAGGCUGGGUUCCUCAUGGGCGCCUCCUGUGGUGGGGGCAACAUGAAGGUGGACGAUGCUGUCUAUGAGAGUCUAGGCCUGCGUCCCCGCCACGCCUACUCCAUCUUGGAUGUCCGGGAUGUCCAGGGCUCCAGGCUCUUGCGCCUACGGAACCCGUGGGGCCGCUUCUCCUGGAAUGGCAGCUGGUCAGACGAGUGGCCACACUGGCCAGGGCACCUGCGGAGUGAGCUCAUGCCACAUGGCAGCAGCGAGGGUGUCUUCUGGAUGGAGUACAGUGACUUCGUCAGGUACUUUGACUCCGUGGAUAUCUGCAAGGUGCACUCGGACUGGCAGGAGGCUCGGGUGCAAGGCAGCUUCCCCAGCUCGGCCAGUGGGCCGGUGGGCGUGACGGCCCUCACGGUGCUGGAGCGUGCCUCCCUGGAGUUUGCCCUCUUCCAGGAGGGCAGCAGGCGCGCGGACUCAGUGGACAGUCACCUCCUGGACAUGUGUGUCUUGGUGUUCCGGGCCUCCUUCGGUAGCGGCGGCCGCCUGAGCCUGGGCCGCCUGCUAGCCCACAGCAAGCGCGCCGUGAAAAAGUUCGUCAACUGUGACGUGAUGCUGGAGCCGGGCGAGUAUGCCGUGGUGUGCUGUGCCUUCAACCACUGGGGCCCCGUACCCGGCCCACCCGCUCUGCAGGCCUCCAGCCCCUCAGCGGGGGCCCCGCGCAGCACCCCAGAGGCGCCUGGCCACGUGCUGGCCGUGUACAGCUCAAGGCUCGUCAUGGUGGAGCCCGUGGAGGCCCAGCCGACCACGCUGGCCGACGCCAUCAUCCUGCUCACGGAGAGCAGGGGCGAACGGCACGAGGGCCGCGAGGGCAUGACCUGCUACUACCUGACGCACGGCUGGGCAGGGCUCAUCGUGGUUGUGGAGAACCGGCACCCCAAGUCUUACCUGCACGUGCAGUGCGACUGCUCUGACAGCUUCAACGUGGUGUCCACGCGCGGCAGCCUGCGCACCCAGGACAGCGUGCCGCCCCUGCACAGGCAGGUCCUGGUGAUCCUGUCACAGCUGGAAGGAAAUGCCGGCUUCUCCAUCACCCACCGCCUGGCGCACCGCAAGGCAGCACAGGCCUUCCUCAGCGACUGGACGGCCUCCAAGGGCAGCCACAGCCCCCCACUGACGCCCGAGGUCGCUGGCCUGCACGGCCCCCGGCCGCUGUGA